AUGCCUCAUCGAGUAAAAGCAGAACUCUCUGCGAUACAGGGCUUUACAUUUUCCAUCUCAUUUAUUGUUAUAGUUCUUGUUGUAGUAUUUUGUAGUUGCAAGCAUAAGAAAGAAAAAAACGUGAUGAGUACAGAUAACACCGGCAAUCAAAUGGGUUUUUCACUUCAUACGAGCCCAUAUCAUAAAUACAUCUCAGGUCUAAAGAUUACGUAG